AUGCAAGUCAACCUGGAUCGCGGACGCGCGGCGACACUUGAGUGCCUACGUGCAGCUGCGAUGCAGGGUUAUGCAAUUAUUUUAAUGCAAGAACCAUAUGUUGGUGUUAAAGCUCAUCUAUCAGCGGGUUCCCAAUACCGCAUUAUUCAAAAGGUAACAAAUGACAGAAAUAAACCAGUUAGGUCGGCAAUUGUUAUCUGUGAUCCAAAAAUUCAAUUCACUGUAAAUCCUAAUCUUCUUUCUGAAGACAUAGUUGGUGUUGAACUUAAGAUUAAUUAUUCUAAUAUAGGCUUAAUUAGUAUGUAUCUCCACGAAAAUGCAGACCUUGAAGAAGAUCUACAAACAAUUAAAAACUACGUAGCAAAUAUGAACACCGAUGACAUCAUUAUUGGAGGGGAUUCCAACGCACGUAGCAUCUGGUGGGGUUGCAAUGCCGACAACAACAGAGGAAAAACUAUCAUGGAAACGUUAGCUGAGCUAAACUUAGACAUCUUAAAUUUGGGUACAAAACCAACUUUCGUUGCUCAUAGAUUAGGAAAAUUAUGCACUAGCAUAAUUGAUGUCACAGCCUGCUCGUCAUCAUUACUACACCGAAUAAAAGACUGGAGAGUAGAUGACCAGCUCUGCACAAUCUCAAACCAUAAAGCAAUAUUAUUUAACUUACAUACAGGAAACAUUAAAACUGAAAUUAUCACUAGGGGCACAAAAAUAUAUAAUACUAAAAAAGCGAAUUGGGAAAAACUAAAGAACGAUUUAAAAGCCGAACUGCAAAAACAAAAUAUUGUAAAAAAUAAAAUUGAAGAAAUCAAAUCACAUCAAGAGCUAGAAGAUAUUAUUAACAAAUACACACAAUGUAUACUGGCAGCUUGCAAUAACAGCAUACCUCUUAUUAAACAGGAACGGAAAACAAAAAUAGCUCCUUGGUGGAACAACGAAAUACAAGAAAAAAAGGUAAUCAUGAUCAGGAAAAGACGAAGGAUAAAAAACGCACACCCUGGGAGAAGAAAACAUGUAGUAGAACUAUAUUUGGAAGCGAGACGCGACUAUAUAAACGCUAUUGAAAACGCCACAACUAUAAGCUGGGUGAAUCUUUGCAAUAAAGAGGAAAAGGAAUCUAUGUGGCAAAGAACAUACCGAAUCUUAAAAAUAUGCUCAAAUAGAGAAGAGGACAAACUGCUUCGGAACUCCAGUGGCCGAAUUCUUUCAGAGAUAGAAUCAGCUGAAUACCUUGCUAAUACGUUUUAUCCAGAGGACAACCCGGACAUGGACAAUGAAGAGCAGGCCGAGAUGAGAAAUAACACGCAAAAUAUUAUAAAUAAAAUCAAUAACGAACAUAUCCCUACCCCAAAUUUAUUCACUCAAAAUGAAAUUGAACAAAUUCUUAGGAACAUAAACCCAAAGAAAGCUCCUGGAGCAGAUGGACUAACAUCGGACAUUUGCCAAGCUGCGUUUGAGAGCAACCCUGAAGUACUCCAAUCUAUUUAUAAUAAAUGCCUAAUAAUAGGUCAUUUUCCAAAAUUAUGGAAAAAUGCUACUAUAAAGAUUAUUCCCAAACCAAAUAAAGAGGACUACACUCAACCGAAGGCAUACAGACCAAUUGGCCUAUUACCUGUGUUGGGUAAAAUACUAGAAAAAUUAUUUAUCAACCGGGUCCAAUGGCAGUUAGGAAAAGAGAAUAAAAUGAACCACAGACAGUACGGCUUCACACCCCAAAAAAGUACCGAAGAUGCCCUAUAUGACACUAUGGCGCUAAUAAAAAAAGGACUAAAAGAGAAAUCCAUUGUUGUACUGGUGUCGUUGGAUAUAGAAGGCGCGUUUGACAAUGCCUGGUGGCCAGCCAUUAUCAAUGAGCUUCACUCCAAAAAUGUUGACGCGUCUAUGUUAAGGCUCAUAAUUAGCUACUUGUCGGAAAGAGAAAUACACCUCAAGUACGCUGGACAAGAAAUUAAGAAACCGACAAAUAGAGGUUGCAUCCAAGGCUCUACAUGUGGACCCAUGUUCUGGAAUACUCUACUCGAUCCAUUAUUGCAAACAACGGAGAACACACAAGCCCAUGUACAAGCCUUUGCAGACGAUAUCUUGAUUAUCGCCAGUAACCAAGACGGACAAAAACUAGAGAUAACCUUAAACCACACUCUUAAAAUAAUAACAGAAUGGGGCAAAAAACAUAAAUUAAGAUUUGCUCCCCAUAAAACUCAGUCGGUGCUAAUAACAAGGAAACAAAAAUUUCAUCGGCCUUUGCUAAAAAUGGAAGAAGUAGAAUUACAAUACUUGGAUCAACUGAAAGUUCUGGGCUUAACAAUAGACCAAAAUAUAAAUUUUAAGCCCCAUCUGGAUAAUGUUUGUCGCAAGGCUAUUAAUAUUUACAAAAUGGUCUCAAGAGCAGCGAGGGCUAACUGGGGCCUGAACUCAGAUAUAUUGAGAACAAUCUACAUGGCAGUCGUAGAACCAACCAUAUUGUAUGCUGCCAGCUGCUGGGCCGAAACAACAGACAAAAAGUAUAUUGAACGCAUACUCAACAGAAUGACCCAGAUUUUUGGUAUACGAAUUAGUAAAGGACAUAAGACUAACUCCCUGAUCUCCAGUACACUCUUAUCAAAAAUAAUACCGCUAGCACUAAGAGCCAAAGAGAACGCUAGUAUAUAUGAAAUUAAGAGAGGCAAACCUAUAGAGCUUUUACCAGGAAGAGAAAUCGAAACAAGAAUAAGCCCCUAUGAUCUCCCACAUCCUUGUGAAAGAAUACAACGUAACUUCAAACACGUAAAUAACCAGAAAGAUAUUGACGAGAUAAAAAACGACUGGGUUAGAAUCUUCACCGAUGGAAGCAAGAUCGACGGAAAAGUGGGAGCAGCAGUAACAGUUUGGCACAAUGGACUCGAAAUUAAAACAAUAACUUUCAGACUGGAGAGCUACUGCAGUAUUUACCAAGCGGAGAUGAUGGCAAUACAAAGAGCGCUAAAAUAUAUAAUAAGCAAAAAAUAUCCAGGUGCAAAUAUAAUUAGCGAUUCUAGAUCGGCAAUUACCACUAUCUGUGACCCAGUGUCUCUUAAUCCAAUAGCAUCAGAAAUACGAACAAUGAUCAAGACUUUAGAAGACAACCGGAAGCAAGUCGAGCUUUAUUGGAUUAAAGCACACUGCGGAAUACAAGGCAACGAAAGAGCAGAUGAACUUGCUAAGCAGGCAGCUAUAAAAAAUAAGCAAAGCCCGGCUUAUGAUAAAUUCCCAUUGUCGUAUGCAAAGCGCCUCACCAGAAAUACGACUCUGCAAAUAUGGCAAAGGAAGUACGAACAAGCAACAACCAGUAGUAUAACGAAAAAGUUCUUUCCAAAUAUUGUUAAAGCCUAUAAGAUAUUAAAAAGUAUAAAAAUGAAUAACUUAGUUACACACUUGUUUACCGGUCAUGGGGGAAACAAAGCCUAUUUGUAUAAGUAUAAAUUAUCCUCAUCCCCAUGCUGCAUAUGCGAUGAAAAUACAGACCAAACUAUAGAGCACAUUGUCAUUGAUUGCCCACGUUUUGGGAAAAGAAGAUUCGAGACCGAGUGCAGCAUGGGUGUGGAGAUAGUAGCAGAAAACUUAAAAUUUAUUAUAGAAGAUGACUAUUGCCGACCUAUCUUUAUGAAGUUUGCCCUUUUGGCAUUAAAAAGCAUAAGUAAAGAAAAUGGUAGUAAAAUUAUAGAUUAA